GCCGUCUUGCCUGUAAACAUACGCACCGUAUUUACGAAAGCCGCAGUAUAAUAUUUUCCAGUGACAGCCUUAAAUCCCCCAUUUUCUGGACUGCUUACCCAUCCAUUACCUGACCUCAAGUCUUCGACUUUAUUCGAGAGUUUCUGGUUUUGACACCCAAAGAAAAAGGCGGCAUUUUCCCGCUGUUUGCCACCGGCCUUGGUCCAGCUAACGUUAGCUGCUCCGUCUGAGAUAAUGGAUGAUGAUGAAUCUAUACAUAGGCUGGAAGGGACCAACCCAUCUGCUCAAGUUGGUGGCCUUAUCGUAAAGAAAAAAAGUGCUGCUGUAGAAAACCAUACUUUUCGGGCACCAACUCCACGCACAUCUUUGCUGGGCUUGGAUCUGCUGGCAGCCCAGAAAAGGAAGGAGCGUGAGAGUAAGGAACAGGCAGAUUCUAGUGGUGAAGACAGAAAUAGAAAGAAGUCCAAAGUUUCCUCCUACCAGGACUGGGAGGAAGGUAAAAGUGACUCUGGCUCUGAUGAAGAAGAUGAUGAUGAUAAGAACAGAGGUGCUAAGAAGGAAAGUAGGAAGUAUCGUGUAACUGGCUCAGAGACCCCCUCAAACCCUGGGGGGGUCAGUGAUGAGUUCAGACGCAGGCACCAGCAGAGAGAGAAAGACAGACGUGAGCAUGGAGUCUACGCCUCCUCCAAAGAGGACAGGAACAGAGAAAGGGACAGAGAAAGGAGCAGAGAUAAGGGCAGAGACCGAAGGAGUGAAAGAGAUGAGCGAGACAGUGGCCAUACUCGUGGCAGCAGCAGUAGCCGGUCGGAGCGUUGGGAGCGCAGUGAGAGGAGUGAGCGCUCAGAGAGAGAUGGCUGGUCCGAUCGCAUCAGCCGGGGGAGUAAGAGAGAUGAACCCCUCACACCACAGCAUCGCCCAAGAGAUGCUUUCACACCCUCACGCUCCAACUGGGAUGAGGAUGACAGUGGUUAUGCCAGUUCAAGGCGUUCCCAGUGGGAGUCUCCAUCCCCUGCCCCAUCUCACAGAGAGUCGGAUCGCUCAGAGCGAAGCCAUCGCUCUGGCCGAGAGAGUGAGAGGAGGGACAGGUCAGUCAGAGGCCGUUACCCUGACGACACACCCCUGCCUACCCCGUCCUAUAAGUACAAUGAGUGGGCCAACGACAGAAAGCAUUUGGGUUCUACCCCUCGUUUAUCACAAGGAAAAGGUAGGAAAGAAGAUGGUGAGGGAGGAAUUAUGUUUGAUAAUGAGAAUGAGAAAGAACAGUGGGAGGAGGACCAGAAGCAAGCUGACAGAGAUUGGUACAUGAUGGAUGAAGGCUAUGAUGAGUUCCACAACCCUUUCACUUCCACGUCAGAGGAAUAUGUAAAGAAGAGAGAACAGAUCCUUCAGAAGCAGACCCAGAAAAGAAUAUCCGCCCAGAAGCGACAGAUCAAUGAGGAUAAUGAGCGGUGGGAGACCAACCGUAUGCUGACUAGUGGUGUGGUGCAGAGGUUGGAGGUGGAUGAAGACUUUGAGGAGGACAAUGCUGCCAAGGUUCACCUGCUGGUUCACAACCUGGUUCCUCCUUUCCUGGAUGGAAGAAUAGUCUUCACUAAACAGCCGGAGCCUGUCAUUCCAGUGAAAGAUGCAACCUCUGACAUGGCCAUUAUCUCUCGAAAGGGCAGCCAGCUUGUCCGUAAACAUCGUGAGCAGAAAGAACGCAAAAAGGCACAACACAAACACUGGGAACUGGCAGGCACCAAGUUGGGAGAUAUCAUGGGGAUCAAGAAGGCGGAUGAGGAAGAUGUCUCUGGAGGCAAAGUUGUUGGCGAGGACGGCAAAGUAGACUACAGAGCUGAGCAGAAAUUUGCAGACCACAUGAAAGAAAAGACGGAGGCCAGCAGUGAGUUCGCUAAGAAAAAGAGCCUUCUGGAGCAGAGACAGUACCUGCCUAUUUUUGCUGUCAGACAGCAACUUCUUAAUAUCAUAAGGGACAACAGCAUAGUGAUUGUUGUCGGGGAGACGGGCAGUGGGAAGACCACCCAGCUGACCCAGUACCUGCAUGAGGAUGGCUACACCAGCUACGGCAUGGUGGGUUGUACUCAGCCCCGGAGGGUGGCAGCCAUGAGUGUCGCCAAGAGAGUUAGCGAAGAGAUUGGCACCAACCUUGGAGAGGAGGUGGGCUAUGCUAUCCGUUUUGAGGACUGCACAUCAGAGAAAACUCUGAUAAAGUACAUGACAGACGGUAUCCUGCUCAGAGAGUCACUGAGGGAGUCUGACCUGGACCACUACAGUGCUGUUAUCAUGGACGAGGCUCACGAACGCUCCCUGAAUACUGAUGUGCUCUUUGGCCUGUUACGUGAGGUUGUAUCUCGACGCACUGAUUUGAAACUCAUAGUUACCUCUGCAACUAUGGACUCAGACAAGUUUGCAGCAUUUUUUGGCAAUGUACCCAUAUUCCAUAUUCCAGGGAGAACGUUUCCAGUUGACAUCUUGUUUAGCAAGACACCUCAGGAGGACUACGUGGAGGCAGCAGUGAAGCAGGCCCUGCAGAUCCACCUCAGCGGGUUGGUGGGAGACAUCCUCAUCUUCAUGCCUGGUCAGGAGGAUAUCGAGGUGACAUCAGAUCAGAUUGUGGAGCGGUUGGAAGACUUGGAGAAUGCUCCACCUCUGGCUGUGCUGCCCAUUUACUCCCAGCUGCCAUCUGACCUCCAGGCCAAGAUCUUCCAGAAGGCUCCAGAUGGUGUGAGGAAAUGCAUUGUUGCUACAAACAUUGCUGAAACUUCCCUUACUGUGGAUGGAAUCAUGUUUGUUGUGGAUUCAGGAUACUGCAAACUCAAGGUUUUCAAUCCUCGCAUAGGAAUGGAUGCACUGCAGGUUUAUCCCAUCAGUCAGGCUAAUGCUAACCAGCGUUCUGGCAGAGCAGGACGUACAGGACCAGGGCAGUGUUACAGGCUUUAUACUCAGAGUGCUUUUAAGAAUGAGAUGCUGACUACCACCAUACCAGAGAUCCAAAGGACCAACCUGGCCAAUGUAGUCCUGCUGUUGAAGUCUCUGGGUGUUCAGGACUUGCUCCUCUUCCACUUCAUGGAUCCGCCACCUGAGGACAACAUGCUCAACUCCAUGUACCAGCUCUGGAUUUUGGGAGCUCUGGACAACACAGGUGCUUUGACACCGACGGGACGUAUGAUGGUGGAGUUUCCCCUCGACCCUGCCCUCUCCAAGAUGCUGAUUGUGUCCUGCGACAUGGGCUGCAGUGCUGACAUCCUCAUCAUCGUCUCCAUGUUGUCUGUGCCGGCCAUCUUCUACAGACCUAAGGGUCGUGAGGAAGAGAGUGACCAGGUGAGGGAGAAGUUCUCAGUCCCAGAGAGUGACCACCUCACCUACCUCAACGUCUACAUGCAGUGGAAGAACAAUAAUUACUCCAGCAUCUGGUGCAAUGACCACUUCAUCCACACCAAGGCCAUGCGGAAGGUGCGUGAGGUGCGCUCCCAGUUAAAGGACAUCAUGGUGCAGCAGAGGAUGAACCUGGUUUCCUGUGGCUCAGACUGGGACAUCAUCAGAAAGUGCAUAUGUGCUGCUUACUUCCACCAGGCUGCCAAGCUCAAGGGCAUUGGGGAAUAUGUGAACGUGAGGACAGGCAUGCCAUGCCACCUCCACCCUACCAGCUCCCUGUUUGGUAUGGGCUACACACCAGACUACAUCAUCUACCAUGAGCUUGUCAUGACCACCAAGGAGUACAUGCAGUGUGUGACUGCAGUGGAUGGAGAGUGGCUUGCAGAACUGGGGCCCAUGUUCUAUAGCAUCAAACAUGCGGGCAAAAGCAGACAGGAGAACCGUCGGCGAGCCAAAGAGGAGAUCAACAACAUGGAGGAGGAGAUGUCCCUGGCCGAGGAGCAGCUGAAAGCACGUCGAGAGGAGCAGGAGAAGAAGAGCAACAGCAGCAGUCUUAAGGCAGUAAAAAUCUGCACACCAGGAAGAAGAGAGCAGACCCCCAUGACACCCAGGCGUACCCCUGCCCGCUUUGGACUGUAAAAUUCCUCCUGGAAGUUAAAGGCCCAUCAACCAUGUGGGCUCCUUAGAACUCAUCGUCAUCCAGACUUGGACCACACCAGCACACUACCAUUUGGCUCUCUUUCCCAGCAUGGCCAGAAUCAACUGCAGUUCACGUACAGACCACUAGAGUGAGAACUUGUAUAAGGCACAGGACUCAAAGAUGCACCAGGACCAUCAAAAUGCCUCCCUCCACCUUCGUUCGUCAGCCAGCUGUUUCCAUAAUACGGUUUAAGGUGUUCUAAGGUUUGUAUAUACUGUAUUUAUAUGUGGUCAUUUCUUUCUUUCUUUCUUUCUUUCUUUUUUUUUUUUUACAGAAGUCUCUAUAAUGAUUUUACCUGACCUAGAAUUUUCUAUGUUCGUUUGCAUUUUUUUUCCUCCAACCUGAGUAUAUUAUCAGAGGGACACUGAUAAAUAGUGAUCUAAUUUCAGUGUUACCUGUCUUUUGUGUCCUUGCAUUUACUAGUUCUUGUACUGUUGGCGGCUUGAACAGUGUGUGUGCCACCAUGAAGUGCUCCUUGACAGACUGAAGCACUGUUCAAACUGUACUUGUGGCACGAGUGUCUUCACUCUCUAGAUUUGUAUUGUAAUACCCCCUAAUACACACACACACGCACACACACUCAUGCAGGCUUAGGCAAUUGACCUUUUUGUACUUUCAGUUACCCUUGUUCCAAUAAUGUAAUGUACCACAGCUUUGCUUCAUACAAAACAUCACCACACUGGAUUAAACAUGUCAACAGUU